ACACAGGAUGUCCAUAUUAGGACAUCUGCGUCAGCAGGUUUCCACGGCCGUUCCCUGUAGUCAUGGGGGGAGCCCUCUAAGAGUCCCACAUAGGAAGAGGCCCGAGAGACCCCUAAGACCCUGAGUACAAAACAUCCAUGCGACAAGGGUACACAGCAGGACGGGCUGGGGCUGUAAGCGCUGCAGAGGCGGCCAGGCGGCCACAGAGGCGUCCCGGAGCCCGCGUCUCCCCCUCCGUGCCGCAGUGGUUGCGUCCAGUGACGUAUUGUCUCAUUCAUAAAAUGCUGUUAUAAAAGCGGUGGCUGCGGCGCCUAGUACUCCAACCGCAUCUGCAGCAAGCAGGCGAGACUCCGAGACGGAGCAGGCGGCAGCGGCGCAGCGAACGAGCAGUGACCGCGAUCCCCCCCAGCUCUGCUCCGCAGCUCCCACCUGUCUCCGCCCCUCGGCCCCUCGCCGCGGCUAUGAUGUUCUCGGGCUUCAACGCUGACUACGAGGCGGCGUCCUCCCGCUGCAGCAGCGCCUCGCCGGCGGGGGACAGUCUCUCCUACUAUCACUCGCCGGCCCACUCCUUCUCCAGCAUGGGCUCUCCCGUCAACGCGCAGGACUUCUGUGCGGACCUUGCCGUCUCGAGCGCCAGCUUCAUCCCCACGGUGACUGCCAUCUCAACCAGCCCGGACCUGCAGUGGCUGGUGCAGCCCGCCCUGGUCUCCUCCGUGGCCCCGUCGCAGGCCAGGGCCCCGCACCCGUACGGCGUCCCUACCGCCGCCGCUGGGGCUUACUGCAGGGCCGGCGCGGGCAAGACGGCGACGGGAGGCAGAGCGCAGAGCCUCGGCCGGAGGGGCAAGGUGGAACAGUUAUCCCCGGAAGAAGAGGAGAAAAGGCGAAUCCGCAGGGAGAGGAAUAAGAUGGCUGCAGCCAAGUGCCGGAACCGCAGGCGGGAGCUGACCGACACGCUGCAGGCGGAGACGGACCAGCUCGAAGAUGAGAAGUCCGCGCUGCAGACCGAGAUCGCCGGCCUGCUGAAGGAGAAGGAGAAGCUGGAGUUCAUCCUGGCCGCGCACCGGCCGGCCUGCAAGAUCCCCGACGGCCUGGGCUUCCCGGAGGAGGUGUCCGUGGUGUCCCUGGAUCUGAGUGGGGGCCUGCAGGAGGCUGCCACCCCGGAGUCCGAGGAGGCCUUCGCGCUGCCCCUGCUGCGCGAGCCCGAGCCCAAGCCCCCGGCGGCGCCCGGGAAGGGCCUCGGCAGCGCGGAGCUGAAGGCGGAGCCCUUCGACGACUUCAUGUUCCCCGCGUCGGCCAGGCCCGGCGGCUCGGAGACGGCGCGCUCCGUGCCCGACGUGGACCUGUCCGGCUCCUUCUACGCGGCGGACUGGGAGCCCCUGCACGGCGGCGCUCUGGGGCUGGGGCCCGUGGCCGCGGAGCUGGAGCCCCUGUGCACCCCGGUGGUCACCUGCACGCCCGGCUGCACGGCCUACACGUCUUCCUUCGUCUUCACCUACCCGGAGGCCGACUCCUUCCCCAGCUGCGCCGCGGCCCACCGCAAGGGCAGCAGCAGCAACGAGCCCUCCUCUGACUCGCUGAGCUCGCCCACGCUGCUGGCCCUGUGAGCCGCGGGGAGGAGGCCGCGGCGCCCCGAGCGCCGCCGCCCACGUCGGUGCAUUUCAGGGGAGAGACCUGUCUUCCCGCGAGGGUUCCUGUAGACCCGGGAGGACCGUACCUGUGCGCGAAACACACCAGGCAGUGGGUGGAAGCACCCUUGGGUGGACCGAGCCCUCACCUCUUCCGGAGAUGUAGCAAAACGCAUGGAGUGUGUGUUGUUCCAGUGACACCUCUGAGAGCUGGUAGUUAGUAGCAUGUUGAGCCAGGCCUGGGUCUGUGUCCCUUCCUCUUUCUCCUUAGUCUUCUCAUAGCAUUAACUAAUCUGUUGGGUUCAUUAUUGGAAUUAACUUGGUGCUGGAUAUUUUCAAAUUGUAUCUAGUGCAGCUGAUUUUAACAAUAACUACUGUGUUCCUGGCAAUAGUGUGUUCCGAUUAGAAAUGACCAAUAUUUAACUAAGAAAAAGAUACGACUUUAUUUUCAAGUAGAUAGAAAUAAAUAGCUAUAUCCAUGUACUGUAGUUUUCCUUCAACAUCAAUGUUCAUUGUAAUGUUACUGAUCAUGCAUUGUUGAGGUGGUCUGAAUGUUCUGACAUUAACAGUUUUCCAUGAAAACGUUUUAUUGUGUUUUUAAUUUAUUUAUUAAGAUGGAUUCUCAGAUAUUUAUAUUUUUAUUUUAUUUUUUUCUACCUUGAGGUCUUUGACAUGUGGAAAGUGAAUUUGAAUGAGAAAUUUAAGCAUUGUUUGCUUAUUGUUCCAAGAUAUUGUCAAUAAAAGCAUUUAAGUUGAAUGCA